UCCUUAGCUUUUAAGUGGUCAAUCAGGCAGGUAGCCUCCGUUUGUUAGGUUUCUGUAGUAUUUGGCGACAUUUCCAAGUUGAUAAAAAUCAAAAUCCCGGAGUUGGUCAGCUCGCUAAGUGCGACACAUCACUGACAAUAUGACUAAGCAUGAGUUUGAGGUGGCGAUGACCUGUGAAGGGUGCUCUGGAGCUGUUACUAGAAUCCUCAACAAGCUUGGAGAUGUGAAGUUUGAGAUCGACCUGCCCAAGAAGCUGGUUUGGAUCGAGUCAGACAAGGAUGUGGAUGUUCUCAUGGAGACGCUGAAGAAAUGUGGAAAGGAAGUCAAGUACAAUGGCACUAAAUGAAGGAGUCUGCUUCAUAUGUUUAACAGAAAACCCUGCUGCUAUAAAAUCAAGACUUAAGCUACACUUGAAAUCUAUUACCAGGAGACCCCAAAAGUGCCGCGCCUCAUCAACCCACGUGUUUUGAAAAGACCUGGGAGGCAAACUCCCUCAGAUUGAGCCCCCCUCGUUUCAAGAUGACAAUUUACAAAUAGCUCUUAGUGGAGGAUGUCGUCAUGCAUUUAGGUUUGGAAAAAAGAAAAAAAAAACUUCUAAUUUCUAUCCUGGAUUGAUAGAUUAUUUUUUUGUGGUGGUAUAAAAUUUAGUAUUUGAAAUCCGGUUCUUUGUCCAAUUUGCUAUAAUUUCUGCUUUGCAGUUUAGAGGACUUUCAGUUGAAGCUUAAAGAAUGUCUGUUGCUGUUUGUGGUGAACAUCCUCUUAAACUUGCAAAAUGAUCCGGAUAGUCUUCCUUCAGAGCAGUUCAAGAACAUUCCCUGUAUCCGUUUCAAAUAAAAUGAACUGUUGGUCCUUUUGCUUUUACAUUGACUCAGUAUUAUUGACAGCAAAUGUUAUCCGACACCGCUUCGUGGAUAAUAUCUAUAGUUGUAAUUGGAGAGGAACGAUAACCAUGUUUUUGCCAUUUAAGGACUUCCACUUUUUUACACUACAAAUCAUCAGGCAUCGUAUAAAUUAUAGUUAUGUAGAUUCGCUAACAGGCAUCUUUGUAUCUGUGUUUAUGUUACCACUUCUGAAGUGGGAGACAAAUAAAUUUGAUUUUCAGAAUGUCUUAUUCAUGCACAAUGGAAAUAAAAUCAAUUAUGUGUCAA